GGCGGUCUGCACGUGAAGGACAUCUGGUCUGGUUUUAUUGGCGGGCUGGGGAAGUAUCUCGGUGAUUUCUGCUUACCGUUAACUAUCAACUUUGUUGUUUCACCCGAUAUUUUAAUUUAUCAUUGAAUCAAGACUGCGAUUGGUAUUUACCAUAUUUUAAAAAGUUUCACCUAAUUAUACACCAGUUAUCAAUAUAUUCUCCAUGGGUCCGACAAUAUUUGAGGAUUUAGCGUCGCAUGUGAGAGUUCCUAAUGAUGGAGAUAAGGUUUUCAAAGAUGAAUGUCCCUUCUACUUUGAAACACCUGAGAUGGAAAAUGGAGUUUAUAUUUGUAUGCGUCACUUUGUUGCUAUUGGCUCCAAAAUAUUGAGACUGUACCACGAAAAGACUGGUUGUCGUGCAUUCUUACGGUACAAAAUUGAGAAGCAAUACAAAGAAAAAGAGCAUGGCACUCAAGAAAAACCUAAAAAACUUGCUAUUGGUGUUUCUGGGGGUUUCGAUUUGCCUCAAGAUGUUUACACAGUAACAGAACACUGGUCGUUAGUUCGUCUUCCAGAAGGUGACUCUUUUGAAAUUCCAAAUCCAGAGCCCAGUCAAUCAUCAACUGAUACAUCACACUUGAAGAUUUUAGAUCUUCCUAAGCGUUUGGCUACUACUAUUGCAUUCAUUCAACGCGCGGAAUCAUCACUACUGGCAGAAGAGCGUGCUAAUUCACUUAAAGCAUGGGAAGAUGACAAUAUUUGUUUGAUUUCUUCUUACGCAAUGAAUUUAGUACAAAUUGACAACGGUAUCAGAAUACCUCCAUCUGGAUGGAAAUGCUCAAGAUGUGAUUUAAAGGACAAUCUAUGGAUGAAUCUUACUGACGGGGCUAUCCUGUGCGGUCGAAGAUUUUGGGAUGGUACCGGUGGAAAUAAUCAUGCAGUGGAGCAUUAUGAAAAGACCAAAUAUCCAUUAGCUGUAAAAUUGGGAACAAUAACACCUAAAGGUGGUGAAGUUUUCUCCUAUCCAGAAGAUUCAAUGGUAACAGAUCCAAAACUAGCUGAACAUUUAGCCCAUUUUGGCAUCGACAUAAUGCGUAUGCAAAAAACAGAAAAAACAAUGGCUGAGCUAGAAGUGGAUGCUAAUGAAAGGCUUGGUGAAUGGCUUACUCUACAAGAAUCGAAUCAUUCCCUUGAAGCACGUUAUGGUCCUGGUAUGACUGGACUUAGAAAUCUUGGUAACACAUGUUAUAUGAAUGCUGUAAUACAGGUGUUGUUUUCAAUUCCACAAUUUCGUUCCUACUAUGCCUAUCAAUUACCGAUAUGGUCUGAAGAGGUGCUGAGUCAGUUCGCCACCAGCAGCAGCGGUGGCAGCGGUAGUCAUCAGUCACAUUCACUCCUACCUGUAGAUCAUAUUGGCUUACAAUUUUCAAAGCUCGGUUAUGGUCUUUGCUCUGGUGCUCAUUCAUGGUUAGUUCCAAAUAAUCAUAAUAAUACAAAUCAUCCAAUGGAAGGACCUGUACCAAUUCUUCCAGGUAUUCGUCCAUUGUUAUUCCGUCGUCUUAUGGGAAUGCAUAACACUACAUUUGCUACAAAACAACAACAAGAUGCUUGUGAAUUUCUUAUCUACCUUUUGGAUUUAUUAGAUCAAAAGGCGAAAGGUAAGGAGCACGGUAACUUGCAUCCAAGUGGUGUUAUGCGUUUCGGUGUUGAAGAACGCCUACAGUGUGGUUUAACCCAGAAGGUAAGAUUUAAAUUUUCCGCUCUUUUGUUUUAUAUUUCAUUUUUACACACUAGUUAAUUUUAAUAUGUUUUUGGUUUAAUAGCUCCUUCUUUUUGUUGGAUUGAAAGCAGUUAGCAUAGUCAUAAUUCACGUGAUGGUGGCUACUUUGAUUGGACACUAGACAGUGAUUAGUGUGAUUGUGGCAACCAUUCUAGGUAGCUUGCCAUCAUGUUGUACAUUGAUUUGUUCAUAUUAGGUGGUUGGAGGCAAUCGGAAGGAGUCCUUGACACCACCUAGGUUCCUGCUAGUAGUUGGCACUCUACUCGUACUCAUACAGCCAGGUGAGGGCUUACGGCGAGCUGUCAUCUGAACUGGUGACGACUAGUGGUGUCCGUCAAGGAUGCCCAUUAUCCCCAUUAGAUGUGUUAAUGGACUUAACCCUAAGUGACUUCAGCGACUCAGGGAUUGACUUGCUACCAGGGAAUAAUCUCGUUGACUUGGAAUAUGCAGACGAUAUAGUCCUUCUAGGUGAAGACGCUGACGAGUUGCAGAGUCUUCUAAACACCUUGAGCCGCAAUCUACAAAUGUUUGGCAUGCGAUUCGCUCCCGCCAAAUGCAAGAUGAUGUUACAGGACUGGACUACAUCGACGCCUAGUUUAAAAAUAGGAAGUGAAGUGGUAGAGCACGUUGACCGCUUCACUUAUUUAAAGAAGGACCAUCAGCCCCAACGGGUUGAUCUCUGACGAAAUCUCAGCACGAAUACAGGGGGCUCGUUUCGCAUUUGCCAGUUUACGCCGACUCUGGCGUAGACGAGAUGUUUGACUAUCAACCAAAGGACGGGUGUACUGCUCAUCAGUCCGCUCCGUCCUCCUUUAUAGCUGUGAGUGAGACCUGGCCAUUGAGAGUGGGAGACAUGAAAAGACUAGCUGUCUUUGAUCAUAGGUGCCUGCGCUCUAUUUCCCGUGUAAAGUGGCAUAAUAAGGUGAGCAACAUUGAAGUUAGGCAUCGGUCGAGUUCUAGGUAAACAGGGGAAAUCAAUCGACGAAGUCGUGAAGUUACAAAGACUGAGAUGGUUAGGACAUGUGUUACGUAUGCCCGCCAAGCCAUCGCCUCCCUCGACGAGCAAUGUUAGCGGAUAUAGGGUCAGGCUGGAAAAAAGCUAGCGGCGGUCAAACAAAAACUUGGCCUCACCAGUCAAUGAAAUCCACAACAGUUGGUCUAAGCCACGUAGGAAGGUGUAGACUUCCAGGCUGGGGUCCUCGGGACGGUAAAAAUCUAUGGUUGGAAACAAUUGGUGACAUGGCUCAAACUCAUCGUUCUCAGUGGCGCAGAUGCAUCCACUCCUUGUGACUUAUGAUCUCCAAUGAAACUGUUUUGUAUUUCUUUAUUACUCCUUUGUCUCACACCUCUGCUCACUGUUUCUAUUAUGCUUUUCUUGUACUUUCUUCUCUUGCUUCGCGUGCUACACGGAGUGUGGCGACUUGAACUUCCGCACAUUUGUGCAAAGUUCUAUGUCGAAAACAGACAGACAGACAGUUGGCACUCACCAGUCAGCGAGGAAGGCGUAUCUGCAAUCUUGAAGGAACUCAUGUCCCCUGUCUGAGAUCCGGAUCCGCAUCACCCAGUGAGUGCUGCAGUAGUCUGAGACGUUACCACUGAGCUAUUGGGGCUCGCGAUUGACCUCCUAUAGGACUGUAGUGGAUGCUUUAAUUGGACACUAGCCAAUGACUAGUGUGAUGUGUCUAGUCCUUUUUGUUUGGUUCAGACUGAAUUCUAUCAGUCGUCAGGUUUGUAAUGUGGCCACCAUGCCACUAGGUAGCUUGCCAUCAUGGUGCACAUUGAUUUGGUGAUAUUAGAUAGUGGUUGGGGGGAAAUCGACAGGAAUUUCAGAAGGCAGAAAGAUUGAGCGAAGAAAUAUUUACUCAUUUCUGGCUCUACUCUAAUAUACACCUUGAGCAUUUUAUUACAAUACACAACAGUUUACCAAUCAUCAAGUGGCACAGAUAUGUUUGUUAACAAUAAUUAGUCAGUGUCAACACGUCAAACAGUGGGUGAUGAUUAACGAAGAAAAUUAAUACACACAAUUAAAAAGUAGAAGUGGUUACAGCACGUGGAUUGCAUGAUGCAUAAUUUUG